UGGUCAAUCCAGCCCCCUCCCAUUUACACACCAGCCAGUCAGCUUGUACAAUCUCUCUGUAUCUUUUGCCUCCUAACAGCAUCUCUCUCUCUCUCUCUCUCGCUCUCAGUAGCUUUCCCUCCCUCUAGCACACACAUUCAUGCGUUAAAGCCAGAUCCUUAUCGCACUCAUACACACACGCACACACAGACACACACACACACCCUGUUCCUGCCUGACUCUCGGUGUGAGGUGCUUUUUGCUUUGGUGAUGUCGGCUUUUGUGGACGGAUAUCGCUCCCUGCGGAGGAGAGCACGCUGAAACUUCCUCAUACCUCUCCUUCAUCUGUCAGGAACCUGCUGUUAACUGCUGUCAUUGUCCGUGGCUUUAAAUGUCCUCUGCCAUGGCAAAGCGUGAGGCUGGGAGCACCAGCCCUGUGGUGCGUCAGAUAGACAAGCAGUUCCUGGUCUGCAGCAUCUGUCUGGAUCACUACCGCAACCCCAAGGUUCUGCCGUGUCUGCACACCUUCUGUGAAAGCUGUCUCCAGAACUACAUUCCCCCGGAGUCUCUGACACUCUCGUGCCCAGUGUGUCGACAGACGUCCAUCUUGCCAGAGAAAGGAGUUUGUGCUCUGCAGAACAACUUCUUCAUCACUAAUCUUAUGGAGGUCCUUCAACGAGACCCCGAGUGCUCACGGCCGGAGGCCUGCAGUGUUCUGGAGUCAGUCAGUGCUGCAGCUGCAGGGAAGCCCCUCAGCUGCCCAAACCACGAGGGAAAGGUGAUGGAGUUCUACUGCGAGUCGUGUGAGACAGCCAUGUGUCUGGACUGCACAGAGGGCGAGCACCGGGAACAUGUGACCGUUCCUCUGCGGGACGUCGUAGAGCAGCACAAGGCUGUGCUGAAGACACAGCUGGAUGCCAUACACAGCAGGCUCCCUCAGCUAACAGCAGCCAUCGAGCUGGUGACCGAGAUCUCUCGCCAGCUGAACGAGAGGAAGACUGAGGCGGUGGCAGAGAUCGCCAGUACGUUUGAAGAGUUGGAACGGGCGCUGCAUCAGCGCAAGACGGCCCUCAUUACAGACCUGGAGAACAUCUGCAGCACGAAGCAGAAGGUCCUGCAGGCUCAGCUUUCAUCUCUUCUCCAGGGGAAGGAACACAUUCAGAGCAGUUGCAGCUUUACGGAGCAGGCUCUCAGCCAUGGGAGCGCUACCGAGGUGCUGCUAGUUCAGAAGCAGAUGAGUGAGCGGGUGACAGCACUGGCCAGACAUGACUUCCCAGAGAGACCACAUCAGAAUGCACAUCUGGAUUGUCAGGUGGAGACUGAAGGUCUGCGACGCUCCAUCCAGAAUCUGGGUGUUCUCCUCACCACAGCAGCUGUGGCUCACACCUCCGUCGCCACAGGAGAGGGCCUCCGGCAUGCAGCGACCGGGCAGCACCACACUAUUACUGUGACAACAAAAGACAAAGAUGGGGAGUUGGUGCGGACAGGAAAUGCUAUUUUAAAAGCAGAGAUAACGUCUGCUGACGGGAGCCGUGCUGCAGAGACAGAGAUAGCAGACAAUAAGAACGGGACGUAUGAGGUGGGCUACACGAUACGCUCUGAGGGAGAGUACUCGUUCUCUCUGUUGCUGUACGGCCAGCCGAUACGUGGCAGCCCGUUCCGCCUGCGGGUGGUCAAGCCAUCAGAUGUCCCCCAAUCCCCCGACGACGUGAAGAGGAGGGUGAAGUCUCCCAGCGGAACGGGGGGACACAUACGGCAGAAGGCAGUGCGACGGCCUUCCAGCAUGUACAGCACCACCAAGAAAAAGGAGAACCCCAUUGAAGAUGAGCUCAUCUACAGAGUGGGUACCCGGGGCAGAGAAAAAGGAGAGUUCACAAAUCUGCAGGGAAUCUCAGCCUCUUGUAACGGCAGAGUGGUGGUGGCUGACAGCAACAACCAGUGCAUACAGGUAUUCUCCAACGACGGCCAGUUCAAGAUGCGCUUUGGGGUCAGAGGUCGGUCUCCGGGGCAACUACAGAGACCAACGGGCGUCACUGUGGACAUGAACGGUGACAUUGUGGUCGCCGACUAUGACAAUCGAUGGGUUAGCAUCUUCUCCUCUGAUGGAAAGUUCAAGAAUAAGAUCGGUGCAGGCCGGCUCAUGGGUCCUAAAGGUGUGGCUGUGGAUAAGAACGGACAUAUCAUCACUGUGGACAACAAGGCCUGCUGUGUCUUCAUCUUUCAGUCCAAUGGGAAGUUGGUGACUAAGUUCGGAGGCAGGGGGACGUCUGACAGACAGUUUGCAGAAAAACUUGGCCCAAACUUAAAUAAAUCUGGCUCAGUUUUCAGUCCACACUUUGUUGCAGUGAACAACAAGAAUGAAAUCAUUGUGACCGAUUUUCACAAUCACUCUGUAAAGGUGUACAGUGCAGAUGGAGAGUUCUUGUUCAAAUUUGGCUCUCAUGGUGAAGGCAACGGCCAGUUUAAUGCUCCCACUGGUGUGGCUGUGGACGCCAAUGGAAACAUCAUUGUAGCUGACUGGGGUAACAGUAGAAUACAGGUGUUUGACAGCACAGGCUCCUUCUUGUCUUACAUUAACACCUCAGCAGACCCACUGUACGGCCCGCAGGGCCUUGCCCUCACCUCAGAUGGACAUGUGGCCGUUGCCGACUCCGGCAACCACUGCUUUAAGGUUUACAGAUAUCUGCAGUAGGCGAUGGGAGACAUCGCAGACACAGCUCCUGCUUAGACUUCGCCUACUACUUGUGGACAAAGAGCUGCAAUGCACACUUUACAGUCUGUAGAGUCUGUCUGUACUUUGGAAUAUUCAGAGCUUAAGACAGAAGAAAUCUGAGAAAAAAAUGUUUACAUGAAAAACAAUCCAACCUCCCCAAAAUGCCCCCCAAAGUGUAAUUACUAGACAAAAUAAGCUAGUUAUCCCAAAAAAUGAUUACAAAAACAAUUUCUAGAGAGAAAAUAAAUCUAUAAAGAGACUAUCCUGCUGAAAUACAGCUUAAAAAAGAAAUUAAACACAAGCUACAAGUGAAUAAAAACUGUAAUUUGAUUUUUCCCUGAUCUGUCUACCUUAAACUCUCUAAACUCUGUGUUUUUAACCAAAUCUGGAAGUGCUCUAUUUCUCGCUAGUAGAUAUCAUGCAAGUCUGAAGUUGGUGAUAGACUGUGUUUUCUUCUUUUGGGCAACACCAGCAGAAAAAAAAGCAAGAAACAGAAGCUGUUUCCCAGUGAGAAGAUGAUGCUUUGUGAUUGAACAAUGCUCAGGCCUUUCCUUGAACACUGUCGCAUGUCAGUGUGCUCCAAAAAACAAAACAAAAAAAAACAUCCCCGUCGUCACUGCCUUUAAUUUCUCAUGACUAAACGCAGCAGAACACAUGCAGGCAGGCUGUUAUUAUCCUCUUUCUUAUCAAGAUCCCUGCACAUAUAUAGAUUCUUUUUAUUUCUGUCAUAUCAAGUGGUAUGAACGUUUUUUUGUUUUGGUUCCCAAAGACAAGCAUCAAGAAGCACAACAGUUAAUAAAACAAUGUUUUUGAACAUGUGUUCAUAACCAGCUCUUCAAUAAUAGGUUCAGUCCCUUCCAGCUAGUCUUUCUCUUCUAUUAACCAAAACAGACUUCUUAUAUCUAACCCCACUAGUUCUUGCACUUUUGUCUAUUCAUAUCUACAACCUAACAUAGUUGUACAUAUGCAUAUUUAGGUGUAUAUAUGGAUUUUGUGUCCAUGGUAUUUCACUAUAUAGCCUAUUUACUCCAGCACUUCAUGAAUCAAGAAUCUUAACACUGGAACACGUAGACAGUAGAAGGUCAUGCCAAGGUAGUAGCCAAAUGACUCACAGGCAUCAGUGGAACAAAGUUGUAUACACAUUUAUUUGCUGUGUUUUAUUUUUUCAAAGGACUUAAUUUAUUUUUUAUUUUAUUUUCUACAUAAUUUGUUCUACAAAUUAUUUUUCUAAUUGGUGCAUUUGACCUGUCUCCUCUUUGCCAAACAUCGUUGUACAUAGGCCUUGUAUCUCGUAGCACUGAAAGCCGCUCUCUCUCUCUCUCUCUCUCUCUCUCGUUCGCCUCCUCCCAGAGCUCCCACGAAACAGUUCAAACUUUUCCUUCUGCCAAAACGUAUUGUUGUAAGUUGUCGUUGAACAUUGCACAAAUACAAAUAUUAUAAGAGUUAUAUAGUUUGCAAGAGUAAUAUAUGCCUCUGUGUAUAGUUAUCAUUUAACAUAAUCAGAAAGUGUACUGUAUAUUACAAUCAUAUUCUUGUUGUAGCUGACAAGCACCUUUAUCAUGGACUUUUGUAUCAUUCGCUCGGUAGAUCAGUGUUUCGAGGGUUUUCUGCGUUGAGGAACACAACACCAGCUAACAUGCAGUGAAGUUUUUCCCCUGUGUUUUAUGAAUAAACCCUCUCUUCCAUCUGCAUUUCCUGUUUAUUAGAAAACUCUGUACCAACAACAGGUUUAAUUGACUUUCCACCUCCAUUAAUCAGACCCUGUGUGAUUUUUCUUUAUGUCCGUCUCUCACCUGUAACUGACCUACUCAUGUCUGUGUGAAAUAAAGGAAGCACAUUUAAAUGAAACACUACAUCAACCAUCUUGUGAAGCCUGCUGUAAACAACAGAGGCCAGUCUUACAAGAAGUAAUCACAUUUAUGUAAUCAUGGCAAAGGUAUGAUUGUAAAUAUUAAAGAAUGAAACUAUGAA